ACUGUCACAUGAGAUGCUCGUACGCGCUGCCAAGGCUGCUGUGCCUUGCUGCCUACAUAAAGCCUUCUCUCCCCACGUCCAGCCUGAUCUCUCACAACACCUAAAUCAGUGAAUCCACCCACACAUCGCUCGAUUAUGGCUACAAAUACAAGCUGCAAAGAUGACUUGCCGACAGGGCUUCUCAAAAUACCAAACGAACUUCUCCUCGACAUAGUUUCCCUCCUCUGCACUCCGGAUCUCAGGCGCCUCGGUAGGGUCAACUGCAAACUCUACUUCUUCAUCAGAGACUACCUGGUUCGGUAUCGGUAUAAUGCCGGGCUUGUUGCCCUGCCAAAUUAAAUCCUACUCGAGAUCGUGCAGCACCUGGGAGGUCAGAAAGAUCGUAGUUGUCUCGCGCGAGCAAGCCAGAGGUUUUAUCCACUCAUUAUGGACUACAUAGUUCGCCAUAACGUGCGACACGGCGGAAGCAGUCUGCUGAACUAUGCAGCCAGGGGAAACCUCAAAAGAAUGGCGCGCAUUAUCCUACAUCUAGGCGGAGAUGUGAAUACCCAACGUGGACUCCGACCAGGUUUCAUGGACAAGCGUCCAACCCCACUCGCGACCGCAGCUUCCCAUGGGCAUAAAAGGAUGGUCAGGAUGCUUCUGGAAACCGGGGUUAGUCAUUUCGUUGACGGAAUGAGGAUUCCGCUUGCGGUAGCCAUAUCCAACCGGCAUGAGGAUGUGGCCUUGAUACUUUCUCAAGAGUUCGAUUCUGGCGACUUGUUCCUCACAAAGGCAAGAGGCACGGUGUUGCAGAUGGCUUGCAGGAUGAAACUCGUAAACUUGGUCCGAUACUAUCUCGAACACGGGCCGCGAUGCAGAGGGAGUGUAAAUGUCCGUAGUGUACAUGACCGCAGCACCGCCUUGUUCCAACUUCUCCAGAAGGAUGCCAGCAAGAGUGAUAUUAUCAAGAGGGAGCUGCAUGCCGAUGUUUACGAGAUUGUGUUGAUGCUCCUGCGGCACGGCGCGAAUCCCGAUCUUCGC